AUGAGCGGAUCUGCCGUCGCUUCACGUGGUGGACGAGUGCGGACGGCCUGCGAUCUAUGUCGACAUCGGAGGAUUGGCUGUGACAGAGCGAAACCAGCCUGCGAAACAUGUACCCUGGCAGGGGUGCCUUGCACUUUCACCCCGACAGCGCAACAACGGAAAAGCGUCCGCGAAGAGCUGGCCGAUGCGAAAGCUAGAGUACGACAUCUGGAAGAAGCACUGAAGGCAGAGCGAGAGAACCGUCUGAAUUCGGACCAAUAUACGCCUCCCAAAGCUCUUUCAAGCGGAAGCAGUCCUCUUGAGAUCCCCCACCAGUUCCUCAGUUCGUGGUCAGCCACCACCUACCUGCUUGAAUCAUACAGCUUCGAUGCAGCGCUCUCAAACUUUCGGUGGCAUCUAGGGUUCUGCGGUCCCCGCGCCGCUCCUUUUGCUCUGACCCCAAGCUUCUCCUCUACCGUUUACGAACGGACGGGGUUCGUUCUCAACAUUGAAGAUUUCUUAAAUCAACUAGCCCAAUCGUUCAAACUGCAGUAUCCAACACAUUCAACGAGGACCAUUGUUCCAAAAUGGCCACCGCGGUCUCUAAUCCAGCGUUCAAUUGAGUACUUUUCGAAAAACAGACUCUAUUCCAUCUUCCCAGCUGUCGAUAUUGAAAAUACACCCCUCCAUCUCGAUCCAAAAGCCCUUGGCAAUCCCGACAUCACAACAAGUCCUGCUAACUACGCCUGUCUGGUUGCAUUAACGGCUCUGGUCACCCGAAUCCGCGGGGAUGACAUGGCUUUUGCUGAUGCCGACCCUGAUGCAUACGUGCAAGCAGUGCUGACUUUGUUACCUGAAUUAAUGAUAGACAAUGCCAAUCUACGAAGCCUUGAAGCUCUUAUUUUGUUAGGCACCCCCUGA